AUGAAGGAAGGUAGGCACAGGCCGUACCUGACGGUCAACCCUUGGUCACCAGCAUACCACAUGUUGGUGAAGGAGGGCUUCCUCGGCCUCACCAUGACCCCAGCGGAUCCUGACGCCCGGCAGCAGAUGGUCAUCGUUCAUGGUGUGUCUACCGCCAUCAAUGUUGACCUUCUCUCCAUGCUAGAGGCUUUCUUUUGGCUCAAGAGGCGCGUCGUCGCAGGUGAACCCCGCCCUCAGCCUCUGGGUCUCGUUGAAGGGGCCCUGCCCAGCUCGGUGCACCUCCACGGCCUGGGCCGCUUCCACAUGGGCCUGUACACCCCUGAGCCUGACCUAUGCAGCCACUGCUGUACUUUUCUGGGAGUCAUCCUUCCUCCUGCUGCCUGGAAAAGAUACGUGCUGGCACCAGAGUCAUCCCGCUGUGUUGCAACCACAACGCCUCUUCGCGCCACUGCCCUGCUCGGCCCAGGCCCGUCAGGGAGCCACAGACCCCCGGCACCACUGUUGGCCCCUCCAGGGUGGUUUUUCGGCCCAACUUCCCAACUCUGGUCCAACUUCCCUGCUCUGCCUCUGCCAGCUGCCCAGCCAUCAGCAUUUCCACCCCUGCUUGGCACAGCUGCCCCAGCCCAGUCUGGGGCAGCUCACCCUCCUGUCCCUGCCACACGGCUACCUGUCCCUGUGCCACACAGGACUGCGCCUUACUAUGCUGCUGUGGUAGGGGCUGAGGAUGCAGCCCCCACAUCGCAGGCUGGCGUGCCUGCGACCCUCCAGGACGUGGUGCACCUCCUGCUGGGAAUCCAGGCCGAGGUCAGGGACUUGCGUGUGAGGGUCACUGCCUUGGAGCGACAGCGGGACGCAGCAAGACCUCCGCCCAAGCCAGUGCCCGCCCCUGUCCAGCCAGCUCCCCAACCUGCCCACAAGAACCAGCCCCAGAGUGUGCCGGCCAGCCCCCGGCCCCAACCAGUGUCUGCAACUGUCCAGCCUGCCCCAGAUAACAAGCCCCAGAGUGUGCCAGCCAGACCCCGGCCCCAACCAAUGUCUGCUACUGUCCAGCUUGCCCAAGAUAACAAGCCCCAGAGUGCCCCAGCCAGCCUGCGGCCCCAGCCAGUGUAUGUCCCGGUACAUCCUUCGCCCCGGUCUGCCCCUGAUAGCCAGCCCCAAGGUGUGCUGGCUAGUACUCGGCCCCAGCGACUCCAGCCACCGGCCACAGUACAACCACCGCUUCCGCCGGCCCCAGCCCAGCCCCUGUCUGUGCCGGACCGCACGCCUCUGUGGUCUGGGUCCCCCUCUGUAGAGACGGACCUGGUAUCGGAUGACAUGGACACGGAUGAGGAGGAGUGGGUACCCACGGCUGCUCGGACACUGGACCGGCUGCAGGCCGAGCUUGCCACUGUGAGUCUGUGA